UAAUAUAUUUUGCAAGAAAGAAUGACGGACUUAGUAACGCCGAACGUUGUGCUUAAGUCCAUACUAAUCCUACGGGACUGUGGAUCUGCCGGGGAUGGGAUGUUAAGCAAGAAGCCAAAAAAGAAUGUCACCUUCAAGCGUGUUGUGGAGUACUACACCUACUCUCCAAACCUAACAUUACGUUUGGAAAAGACGUGCUUGCUCCCGGACGAGGUCUUGCAACUGGAUGGGGUAGAGAUACCAAUGCGGCGCCUCAGCUUGGACAAUUUGUAACUAUUCCCUGCGCCGGCCCAGCCCCCUUCUACGAGUCCAUUCUCGGAAAAGCAAACAGAAAGAAGCGGAUGCAGAUGUGGAAACAGAAACGGAAACGGAUGUUGGCGAAAUGGGCGACGUGACACUUUUAACCUAAUUGGAAAACAAACAUCUCUCUGUGGCCCAUACUUUACACUUUAUUAUGGACAAGGACACGGAUGUAAUACGUCUAGAUGGGGCAGGGGCAAAUGUUUGGGUAUUACCAAACACGCUGGUUGUUUGUGCUAUCUGCAAGUGCAUCCACACACACACACACUUCGAAUAUAUGGGGGGGGGC